GGGGGAAAGACCGUUAACGAAGACCGCCAAACACAUUCUGGAUACUGAUAACUGGAACUGAAACUACGCCCACACUCACAGUGCUCCCACCGCCACUCUCAUGGCCUUAUCCUCUGCCUCUACAUCUUCGGUCCUCCCUCGCGCUCCACCCUCGGUCCUCACACUCCUCCACCCUCACUCUUCAUCUUCAACACUUCCCUUUCUCUUCCCUUUCUCUACCAGUAUUACACCGACCGCCCUUGGCCUCUCCACGACCCCUCAUUCUUUGAAAUGGAGAACCUCGGUCUCUUUCUUCCCCACCUUCUUGGGCAAGCCCAGAGACGCCAAUUCCCUCAAGGAGGAGCUCCUUGGCGUCAUUGGGCCCCUCGAUCGCGGCGCGGAUGCGUCUCCUGAGGACCAGCGGACGGUUGAUCAGGAAUUGACCAUGCGGAGGAUGAUUGGCAGUGCUAAGGAAAAAGAUGGACCCUAUUAUUUUGACGAUGGACCUAGCUCAAGUAGACAAUGUCAAAUCAAUCCAGUAAAGGAGCCGCUCAAGUCUAAUUUACUAGAUGGAAAGUGGGAGCUAAUUUACACAACUUCAAAAUCAAUUUUGCAAACUGAGAGACCGAAGUUCUUGAGAUCUAGAGUAAACUAUCAAGCUAUCAACGUGGAUACACUUAGGGCCCAAAAUAUGGAAUCUUGGCCAUUCUUUAACCAGGUUACAGCAGACUUAACACCUCUGAAUUCAAGAAAGGUGGCUGUAAAAUUUGAUUAUUUCAAGAUUGCAGGUGUGAUACCUAUUAAGGCACCGGGAAGAGCUCGCGGUGAACUGGAAAUUACUUAUUUAGAUGAGGAGUUGCGAAUAUCAAGAGGUGACAAGGGGAACUUGUUUAUCUUGAAAAUGAUUGAUCCAUCAUACAGGGUCCCGGUAUGACGUGCGAAUGUUGUGGUGUCGCUAGAGAGCUUUCUUCAUGUGAGAAUGGAUAGAUGUCUGCAAUGAAUGCUCUGACAUGCUUCCUGCCUUACUCUCGUUAUCGAAAGGUGUAUGAGCAUUCUGUGCAUGUUAAAGUUUAUCUCAGGUUCGCAUUUGCAUAAUACUUGAAAUUGGUCAGAACAUGUAAGAAAGAGUCCAUGAAAAUUUUUGAAAUGUGAGUCUGAAAAGUUUUGGGAGUAAUUUGGAGGAAAGUCAAGAAUAAAAUUGGGAAUGAGAAGGGAAACGUGUAGCAUAAGUUAAAAUUGUCAAGUUGAAUCAUAGAUACUCUGAUGCUAAAUAUCUUAUGAAGAUUAGAGAAAUGGUUUCUUAUAUUAUUUGUUGGACAA